AUGCGACACACGGACCGGAGAUCCAUUUGGUCCAUGCGCGACGUCAAUUCGACAUUGACUAUUCUGCUACAUCAACAGCAACAACAACAACAAUCAGCGCUAUCAAUCAAUUAUUCGCCUUUUAAGACCUUUAAAAACUACUACACCAUGCCUCUCUUCAAGUCCAACAAGAACAAGUCUGCCUCUGCUGCCACCACCCCGGCUCAGACACCUCGCACAUCUAUUCACGAAGAGCGUCCUAUGACAACCAAGGCCGGUACCAAUGCUCACAAGAUGACUCGCGAUCAAGCUCUCGAGGUUAUCAUGAAGACGUCUAUGGGCAAUGCCGCUAAUACCGCUUUCGCUCAAUAAGCGUAUAAACAUAAAUAAGGUGCCUCCAAGGACCUCCAAUUGGCCGUCAUCAAGAGACACUCUUCCGUAUGUUUCGCAGAAAGAGUUCAAAAGAACCAGCAUUACCUUAAUAUCCAUUAUAUCAAGCCCAUUGCAUCCACAUUUGUAAUAUAAGCAAAUUAAUAAAUCAAUACCAUCUUCCUAAGUGACAUGAUUUUUUUAUAUUUGACAAGGGGUCAAAACUUCCUCGCAGUAACUUUAAUCAUAAAAAAAAGCCACGUUUUUCAGAUUAUCUUGCACAUGGAAGAUGCAGGGUUUCAAUGCAACGGUCAAAAGAAUCAAACAAAUUUCUACUAUUCCGGUUUCAAUUUCUCUUUCUCUUGUGUAUAAGCAGCUGCACUUUCAGUAGAAUAUAGAAGUCCGUCUCUAGGCGUAUGCAUUCUAUGAUUACUUUCUUUGAUAGUCAUGUCCUCGUAUUGC